AUGAGCAAUUAUAUUUUGUGUGCAAUAAUCUUGCUUUCGACGGGGUCGCAUGUGAUCGCAGUAAACGAAUUCGGAACGCGCCAAUGUGAACCAAUACGUAUAGACCUUUGUCGAAAUAUUGGAUACAAUGAAACGUCAAUGCCCAAUUUGGCAGGCAAUGAAGUUCAAAGCGAUGCUGAGUACACACUGACGUCGUUCUCACCUCUAAUAGAAUAUGUAUGCAGUACGCAAUUGAAGUUAUUUCUCUGCGCUACAUAUGUGCCAAUGUGCACGCUACAAACACCAGUGCCAAUUGGACCCUGCAGGAGUCUCUGCGAGAGUGUUCGUUCUCGGUGUGAUCCGGUUCUUCAAGGCUUUGGAUAUCUUUGGCCUCCUGCAUUGGACUGUAGUAGAUUCCCCAAGCAGAACAAUCAAGAAACCAUGUGUAUGGAAGGUCCCGGGGAGUCAUCUGAGACGUUACCUAUUGGAGAUUCUCUGACGCCUGUAAAAUCUCCACCCCACCAAACAAUGACAGCAGCAAUUCCUACUUUAGAAUGUCCCGGACACUCAAAACAGUAUGUGAAAUUGCCUCGAUCUUGGCGCUGUGCGCCUUUGUGUGAAGCCAGUAUUCUAUUCAGUGCAAACGAUAAACACAUUGCUGAAGUUUGGACAAGCACUUGGACAUAUGUUGCACUGAGUCUGGGACUGUUAACAGUAUUAUGCGUUUUGGUUUGUGAUUCCGAAACAAAAAUAAAUGAGGCAAAAAACACUCGGGUAUUGUCACCAUUGAUGUGGUGCCACAUAAUGGUUGUAAUCGGAUGGACAGUACGUUUUGUUGCGGGACGCAAUGCCACAGCUUGCGGAUACGAUCCUCAGUUGCCAAAUGUAUCUCUAUUACUUGUUGAUGGGCUGUCUAAUGGACCUUGUGCUGCUACAUUUCUUCUGAGGUAUUAUUUUGGCAUGGCUGCGACGGCUUGGUGGGCAAUUUUGUCCUUGGGUUGGCACCGAGAUGUUCGCCGUAAUAGUCCGGAUACGAUAAACCAAAUUUCCCUGGAUGGAAAUGCAUAUACCAAUCACAAUGGAGGUAAUUCAAAAAUGAAAACAUAUCGUGCUAAUUCGAAUAAAGCGGACGACAGCAUUAUCACCAGCAACUUAGCUAGAUUCUUAGCUUGGGGCUUGCCUGCUUUUCAAACUGCCGCUGUUAUUGUUGCACGAAUUAUAGAUGCUGAUGAACUUCUAGGUGCGUGUUUUGUUGGUAAUCAAUCGGACAAAGGUUUACAAAUUUUAGUAGCCACUCCACUCUUCUGCUAUUGGAUUUUUGGAUCUAUGAAUUUGGCAUCUGGAUUUUUGGUCCAUCGGCGAAACAAAGAUAUAGCAAACGAAUCAAAUUCCACGCAUUUAAGAUUAUUGAUACAAUAUAAAUAUAGUAUAUCCGGAUCAUUUCUAUUCAUGUACUGUGUUCCUUGCGUGUUGCUUCUGCUGGCAGUCAUAUAUGAGUUUGCGAAUAUCGAUGUGUGGCUUAGUUUAUCAAAUAUAAAUGAAGCUACUCCAAUGUGGCCUUUUAUGACAAGAGCCUUUAUGGAAUUGUUGCUGGCAAUAAUUGCAUUUUCAUGGAUUUUAGUACCCAAAUUGUCUUUGAUGUACAAGGGACAUAUGAUUAAAAGCAAUAAGACUAAAAUUGUCGGCGUACCACCUAUACACAAUUCAAUACAUACCACGAACAAUAUUAGCUGUCGUUCAUCUGGUAAAACUUACAGUACUGUUUCUUAUCAAUCUGUGCGACAAUCAAAAAAUACGAAUCAACAACAUCAAAGUAGUGCAAUAUUAUUGAAACAUCCUCCAUACUCCUCCAUUGGACGCGGAAAAUCCAUUCAAAAAAGUUCAGUUCACACGCCAAUCAAUUCACCAGUUAAAAAAACGUCACAUGCGUUUCAACUUUUCAAUGAUGAAACUAUACUGUAG